GCGUGUGUGAGAACUUGAGAAAUUGAGCUGAACGUGAAGUAAACAUCAAAACAACAGCCUCGCAAACAGUGGACUGAGUGGAGCAAAAUCCACGAUUGCCGUGAACCUUCAGCAUCAUGGCCUCAGACGAUUUGCUGCGGAAGAAUCGUGGCCUUGGGAUGUUGCUCUCCAAUUUGGGAGCCAAUAAGGACAAGGAACCUUCCAAUAAUGGAAUGGCUGUACAAGGGGCAGCAGAUGGUGCAGCAGGAGGCAGCUCCACAAGGACACCACAAGGCAACCAAGGUGAACAAGGAAAGAGUGGUAAUACCCCAGCAGGAGCUCAGAAAGAGAGAUCUGAAGUGGGAAAAUUCACCAAAGAAUUUGAAGAUGAAGAUGUGUAUGGUCCCAGGAGCCUGAAUACUUGGUCAGAUGUAAAAGAGUACAACGAUGAAGAAGACAGGCAAUGGUUUCAAGAUGAGAAUGCUAAUCUUGCUAAGAAAUAUGGUGGCAAUUUCAUCUUUGCAAAAUACCUGGAUUCUCAACCUGGCAGAGUUGGGUACUAUUGUCAGCUUUGUGGUGCAGAAAUGAAUGCCAAGAAGUCACUGGACCUUCAUUGUAGUGGGAUGAAGCACUUAAAGAGAAAGGAUCAGUGGGACAAAGGGGGAAAAGGUCAAGAAUCUGGAGAACACAGCAGUGGGUGGCAUGAGAGGGUUUCUCGUCACCAGUAUAACCGUCCACCUCCACAGUCUUGGUCUGAUAGGGAUCACCCAAGAAGAGACCCAUAUGGAGACCGCAGGUCUUCCAUGCGACCACUGUCUCCAGACUACAGGCACAAUGACAGAGGUCACUUUGAUAGAAGAGGCGGCUAUGAUAGGUAUUCAGAUGGUUACUAUGAUGACUACUACAGGAAUGACCCUGGACCAUAUAGACACCAGUACGACAGAGAUGCGUAUGAAAGGAGGGGAACCCCACGCAAUGUGAGGCAAGACUAUGAUCGCCAUCCAGGUCCAGCAAGAAGGGAGUCUGCUGAGCGAUAUCCAAGGGACCGCUAUAACCCGUACUUGCGGCGGGAAGCCCCGCCACCCCCAGUGAUCAGCAACCCCCCACCACCUGAGAAGCCUGCUGCCCCUCAAGUAAAUACAACAGCAAUGCUCUUUGAGGGUAUUUCUGAUGGGUCUUGUGGUGAACUUCUGAAAAAGUUGUCUGUGUGCAGAGUUAAGAGUAAGGAAGAUACAGCCCUUGCUGCAAAUGUUGCCAGCUACCUUGUUGUUUCUCUUAGAGACUACUACAAUAAAAUUGGUCCUCCCACCAUUGUGCAUAUAUUGGAUGAAAUUAUUCUCAAGAUAAAUAUAAUGAAAGAUCUGCAGAAAUAAGAUGUAAACCAUAGCAAUACUCACUUCAAGACAAAGAUAUAUUGAGCUGCUUACAUGUUGUAUGUGGUGUGGAUUCCUCCAGUGGUAAGAUAAUUGUAUGAAUUUAGUUAAGAUAUUAUUAGCCUCAAAUAAUUUCAUAGUCAGUAAUUUAAGCAUUCCAGUAAAGAAAGUUAAAGUUUUGUGUGAUACUGCUCAGUGUAUACUUUCAUGGAUCAAAAACAAAUGGGUUCUCACAGUUUGUUCUUGAAAAGAGGCAUAAAGAAGUAAUUUCAUAAUUACAAAAUGUUUCAGACAAAAAAUCUGCAUCAGACAAUUACCUCCACCUGUCACAUCACCGUUUCUUCUAGGUUUUUAUGUAGUUCUGAAUAUGAAAUAAUUCAUUAGUUGUCAUAUUGUUUUUUUUUCACAUAUAGACUUGAAAUUUAUUAGAUAUUUUGACAUCAUUGCUUGAAGCAACUGCAUAUUUUUUAUAUUGUUUUGGAAGGAUUUGAGAAAGCAUCACUAGUUCUUGACAUACCUAUGAGAAAUCCAACUGUGUACAGUAUAUACACAGCUUUUAAGACUUUAUCACAAUUUUUUCAUAGAGAUGAGAGUAAAGACUGCCUCAAAAAUGAGUGUUGUUUUUUCAACUUUUGAAUAAUAUUACAAUUUUACAAAAUCUUUUUGCUGUUAAUCAUUACAUCUGCAAUAUAUGUAUGAAAAAUAGAUACUAUGGAUAGAAAGGACAAGUUUCAGUGAUUUUUUUCCUUGAUAGUUUUGUAUUAGUUCACUUUGUGAGCAGCAUGAUAUGUACAAUGAUGGAUGUCUUAUUCAUCAUUAUUUUUAUAAUUGUAGGUUUAGUCUCUCAGCAUCAUUUAGUACCUGAAACCAGAACUGAAAACAAAACUCAUGUUCCAAGAGGCUUUUUUGUGUAAUAAUAAAUGUAUUAGCAAUUGAAGCAUUCCUUUGUAUUUUCAGAGACAUAGGUGGUAGUGCAGUGUUCUAUCAUUAUCCACCUCUCACAGACUAUUAUUGUUGUACUUCUGCUGUUAACUUACUAUCAGCAUGUAUGUAUUGUCCACAGUUUGAUCCUUGUGCCAUCAAGGGCUGUGCUCACCAAAAUGAUUUCAAAAUGAAACAUUUUGUGCUUUAAUAAUACCAAGAUGAAUUUUUGAA